UUGGAGCAGCUGUGCGCUCGCGCUUAGGACUGCAGCUGUCAUUGAUCUUUUGAACAGAACAGAACAGAACACAGGUAAAUAUGAUGUGCGAGGUGAUGCCCACGAUCAGCGAGGACACUGCGUUGAGCCAGCGUGGCUCCCAGAGCAGCGCCUCCGACCCGGACUCGCACUUCGAGCAGCUGAUGGUGAACAUGCUGGACGAGAGGGACCGUCUGCUGGACACCCUGAGAGAGACACAAGAGAGCCUCGCCCUCGCCCAAGAACACCUGCAGGACGUCAUCUAUGACCGAGACUCACUGCAGCGUCAGCUCAGCUCUGCACUGCCACAGGAGUUUGCCGCCCUGACAAAGGAGCUGAACGCCUGCAGAGAACAGCUGCUGGAGAAAGAGGAGGAGAUUUCAGAGCUGAAGGCUGAGAGGAACAAUACCAGACUGCUGUUGGAACAUUUGGAGUGUUUGGUGUCACGGCACGAGCGUUCCCUGCGCAUGACGGUGGUGAAGCGACAGGCUCAGUCUCCUUCAGGAGUGUCCAGUGAGGUGGAGGUUCUUAAAGCCCUCAAGUCCCUGUUUGAGCAUCACAAAGCAUUGGAUGAGAAGGUACGAGAGAGAUUGCGGGUAUCACUUGAGAGGGUUUCUGCCUUGGAGGAGGAGUUAACUGCAGCCAAUCAGGAGAUUGUAGCUUUGAGAGAACAGAAUGCCCACAUCCAGAGGAAAGUGGCAUCAGGAGAGGGGGGUGAAGACUUGCUGGAGGGCACCGAUGCCCAGAAAGUGCAUGGCAAGAGGUUGUCUAAUGGGUCGAUGGAGUCGUGUGAUGAGGCCAGUCAGGUGGUAGAGCUGCAAGAAUUACUGGAGAAGCAGAACUAUGAGCUGGCACAGAUGAAGGAGCGCAUGUCCUCACUGUCCUCACGUGUGUCUGAGGUGGAGCAGGAGCUGGAGACGGCACGCAAAGACCUCAUCAAGAGUGAAGACAUGAACAACAAGUACAAUAGAGAUAUUAAAGAGGCGAUGUGUCAAAAAGAAGACAUGGAGGAACGGAUCGUUACUCUUGAAAAGCGUUAUCUCAGUGUGCAGAGAGAGUCCACGUCGCUACACGACAUCACAGACAAGCUGGAAAACGAACUGGCCAAUAAGGAGGCGUUCCUAAGACAGAUGGAGGACAAGAACAGGCAGUUACAGGAGCGCUUGGAGUUGGCGGAACAGAAGCUCCAGCAGACUAUGAGGAAAGCCGAGACACUGCCUGAAGUAGAGGCUGAACUAGCGCAGAGGAUAGCAGCUCUCACUAAGGCGGAGGAGCGGCACGGGAGUAUCGAGGAACGUAUGAGACAUUUAGAAGGACAAUUGGAGGAGAAGAACCAGGAACUGCUCAGGGCUCGACAGAGAGAAAAGAUGAAUGAAGAGCACAACAAGCGUCUGUCAGACACAGUUGAUAGACUUCUAACCGAGUCAAAUGAACGAUUGCAACUUCAUCUGAAAGAAAGGAUGGCCGCACUUGAGGAGAAGAAUAUCUUAAUACAAGACUCUGAUAGCUACAGGAAGCAGUUGGAAGAUUCCAUUCAAGAAAAGUCUCAUCUAUCGGAGGAGAUGGACAAAAUGAGAUCUGAACUGGAUCAGUACCGGCUGAGGGCUGGAUCCCUUACAGAGCCCACACUGUCACGGUCUCAUCUGGACGCAUCUGGAGAUUUGCGUUUCUCUCUGGGUUCUCUAGCCGAGAUGCAGUCGGAUCACUACCGCUCCACCAAGGUGAUCCACAGGCCCAGGAGAGGACGCAUGGGACUACAUAUUGAGGAACAGAAGGCCAAGUCUCUGGGCGAACAUGAAUGGCGCUCUCAGCAGCUUGGCGUUCUAGGAGGACACCAGUUCGAGAGUGACACGGAGAUGUCAGAUAUCGAUGACGAUGACCGUGAGACCCUCUUCAGCUCCAUGGAUCUCCUGUCUCCUGGAGGACAUUCAGAUGCUCAGACUCUGGCUAUAAUGCUGCAAGAACAGCUGGAUGCCAUUAAUAAAGAGAUCCGGUUGAUCCAAGAAGAGAAGGAGUCGACAGAAUUGAGGGCGGAGGAAAUUGAGAACCGUGUUGCCAGCGUGAGUCUGGAGGGGCUUAACCUAGCGCGGGUGCACCAUCCUGGAGCCUCCAUCACUGCUUCGGCCACCGCUUCCUCCUUCGCCUCAUCCUCACCUCCCAGCGGACACUCCACCCCAAAACUCACCCCCCGCAGCCCUGCCCGCGACAUGGAGCGCAUGGGGGUCAUGACGCUGCCCAGUGACUUGCGGAAACACAGGAGAAAGAUCGCAGCAGUGGACGAGGACGGCCGAGAGGACAAGGCCACCAUUAAAUGUGAGACAUCUCCACCUCCCACACCUCGCCAAGUCCGCAUGACACACACCCUCCCCGCCUCCUCGCACAACGACGCACGGCUGACUGCAUUAGAGAUAGAGGCCAGUGCUCUGAGCAGUGUAGCCAGCAGUCAGGACUCCCUCCACAAGCAGCCAAAGAAAAAAGGCAUCAAGUCCUCCAUCGGCAGACUGUUUGGGAAGAAGGAGAAGGCCAGACUGGGACAGCUGGGAAAAGAGCUGGUGGGACCAGGACAAGGGAAUGUAUAUGAUCCUGAGCUUCUGGGUCAGGAUAUUGCAGUGGGAAAGCUGGGAACACAGGCGGAGAAAGAUCGCAGACUAAAAAAGAAGCACGAGUUGUUGGAGGAAGCCAGAAGAAAGGGGUUACCCUUUGCUCAUUGGGACGGUCCUACUGUUGUUGUGUGGUUGGAGCUGUGGCUGGGCAUGCCAGCAUGGUAUGUGGCAGCAUGUCGUGCCAAUGUGAAAAGCGGUGCUAUUAUGUCGGCCCUGUCGGACACUGAGAUCCAGAGAGAGAUCGGCAUCAGUAACCCGCUGCACCGCCUCAAACUACGCCUGGCCAUACAGGAGAUGGUCUCACUCACCAGCCCCUCAGCACCCCCUACAUCUAGAACACCGUCAGGUAAUGUGUGGUUAACCCAUGAGGAAAUGGAGACCCUUGCUGCCCCCUCCAAAACGAAGUCAGAGUCAGAAGAGGGGAGUUGGUCACAGACUCUGGCAUACGGCGAUAUGAACCACGAAUGGAUUGGGAACGAGUGGCUGCCCAGUCUAGGUCUACCUCAGUACCGCAGCUACUUCAUGGAGUGUUUGGUGGAUGCACGCAUGCUGGACCAUCUCACCAAGAAAGACCUCAGAGUGCAUUUAAAAAUGGUGGACAGCUUCCACAGAACCAGCCUGCAGUACGGCAUCAUGUGUUUGAAGAAGCUCAACUAUGACAGGAAAGAGUUGGAGAGACGCAGAGAGAGCAGCCAACAUGAGAUCAGAGAUGUGCUAGUGUGGACCAAUGAGCGUGUGAUUAGAUGGGUUCAAAACAUCGGUCUCCGUGAUUACUCCAACAUCCUGUUGGAGAGCGGCGUGCACGGGGCGCUCAUCGCACUCGAUGACAACUUUGACUACAGCAGUCUGGCCCUGCUGCUGCAGAUCCCCAACCAAAACACUCAGGCGAGACAAAUUCUGGAACGAGAAUACAAUAACUUGCUGGCACUGGGAACAGAAAGACGAUUAGAUGAGUGUGAUGAGAAAGACUUUAGAGGGCCAUCGUGGAGGAGGCAGUUUCCUCCGCGGGACUUUCACGGGAUCAGCAUAAUGCCCGGCUCGGCCGAGACCCUGCCUGCGGGCUUCCGUCUCACUGCCACCUCUGCACACUCACGCAGACUGCCACCCGAGGUCCUGUAUGAGGUGAUGGAUGACAGUCCUGACGACAUGUAUUUGGACUGGUUUCAAGUCGGGCCAUCAGCGUUACAGCGUUUGGACAGUUCCACUGUGAGGACAUACUCUUGCUGAGAGAAGACAGACUAUAAGCCAUGUAUUAUAGUCGUAAUUUGAAGUUGGGCCUGAAUGAAGAAUGCUGUCGAGUCACACUGCCAAGAGAAACCCCAGAGGAUGGGGCGAGGAGGGGUAAUGGUGUGCCAGCCCCACACUCCCUCCUCUGCACUGAACAAGCCAAGGCCACAACCCAGGCACCCCCCACAGGUGCUAACACACUCUCACCCUUUCUACUUCAGCUUACAUACUGUGUAUUCUACGGGGGAUGUGUAGGUUCAGCUGUAAAUGAAUAUAAAUAAAGCUGUUUUUUUUAUGAUAUAUAUAUAUAGAUAUAUAUACACACGUCUGUAUAAAAAGAUGAAGAAAAAAUACGAGAACAUAUUCAGAGCAGAUUAUGUCCCUUAACGUCAUGGUUUAAAAUUAUGCUGCUCUUUGAACUUUUAGCCUAGAUCUGAGAGAUGUUUUUGUACAUGCUGUUUGUUCAUGUGUUUUGAGGCCUGUUGUGGUCUGGUUGUUGAAAGCCCCUCCCCCUCAUUCAGAUGUUACUUCCUGCUGUCGGACAAUGAGAGCUGUACUUACCCGUCAUGUCCUACCAGUUGCAUCACUCAUCAUGGAGCUCAAACCUACCAAGGUGUGAAAGAUUUUAAAGUCUACAUGAAACGGCAUUUGCAACCCAUUUAUGUUCCACAGUAGAAACGUAGAGCGUAAUGUGAUUUUAUCCAUCAGGAAUUGGAUCAUAAAAUGUUGCCGAUCCAUACUAGAAUCAAGCUAGAUGCGAAUACCCAUUUGAAGUGGAUUGUAGAGGACUGCAUGACUCCUGAAACUCUGAGCACCCACUUUUUAGGGACAUGGAGAUGUAUCCACAGUAGUAUCCCAAUGGAAACACUGCUUUACUUAUGUUAACGAUAAAUGGCAUUCAGUUAGAAAAGGUACAUGAAC